CCAAACUGACUACGAAUGAAAAUGCGAGUCCAAUUCUAACACUAGCCCUAAAAAACUCAACCGGGUCCAUCCAAUGACGGACAAUAGGCAGCCACUUCUGUCGUCGAGAGAGGAGGCGGUACCAGCUCCUCAUCACCAGGUGCAUAACCACCUAGAGUCCCUCCCUCCACCCGCAAACCCUUCUUUCAUUUCCAGCAGCACCUUCAAUCCUGACACCGAUGACAUCCCUCCCAUCAAUAGCGUCCUCGACUUUUUCCGAGAGUUCAACCGAGAAUCCAAGAAGCUCUGGUUCCUUGCCGGCCCCGCCGUUUUCACUUCCCUAUGUCAGUACUCUCUCGGCGCCGUCACCCAAAUCUUUGCUGGACAUGUUGGCACUCUCGACCUCGCCGCUGUCUCCAUCGAAAACUCCGUCAUCGCCGGAUUCUCCUUCGGCAUUUUGCUUGGAAUGGGGAGUGCACUUGAGACGUUAUGUGGGCAAGCGUUUGGGGCCGGACAGCUAGACAUGUUAGGAAUCUACAUGCAGCGUUCGUGGGUGAUACUCAACGCCACCAGCUUAGUGCUGUGCUUUCUCUACAUAUUUGCUCAGCAGAUUCUGUACGGAAUAGGGCAGACGGCGGAGAUAUCAAAGGCGGCGGGAGUGUUCGCUCUCUAUAUGAUCCCGCAGUUGUUUGCUUACGGGAUGAACUUUCCGAUAACCAAAUUCCUGCAGUCGCAGAGCAAGAUCAUGGUGAUGGCGGUUAUCGCAGUGGUGGUGCUGAUCAUACACACGGCGUUGAGCUGGCUGCUGAUGUUGAAGCUCGGGUGGGGGCUGGUAGGAGCGGCGGUGGUGCUGAAUUUGUCGUGGUGGAUCAUAGUUCUGGCUCAGAUGGGAUAUAUUGUGGCCGGGACUUGUGGCCGGGCGUGGACUGGCUUCUCGUGGAAGGCUUUCCAUAAUCUAUGGGAGUUUGUUAAGUUGUCUCUUGCUUCAGCAGUCAUGCUCUGUUUGGAAGUGUGGUAUUUCAUGGCAUUGAUUCUCUUUGCUGGGUACCUAAAGGACGCAGAAGUUUCUGUGGAUGGGCUUUCCAUAUGCAUGAACAUAUUGGGAUGGACAGUCAUGGUGUCUCUUGGCAUGAAUGCAGCAAUAAGCGUGAGAGUGUCAAAUGAACUAGGAGGAGGACACCCAAGAACAGCGAAGUUCUCACUAGUAGUUGCUGUGAUAUCAUCCUUCUUUGUCGGUGUCUUCCUCUCCCUCAUCCUCAUCAUCUUCCGGAACCAAUAUCCCGCCUUGUUUUCAAGCGAUUCGGAAGUCCAGGCUCUCGUAGUGCAGCUCACACCUUUGCUUGCAACCUGCAUUGUCAUCAACAACAUUCAACCUGUACUAUCUGGUGUUGCAAUUGGAGCAGGAUGGCAAGCUGUAGUGGCCUAUGUGAACAUAGCUUGUUACUAUGUAGUUGGGGUACCCUUGGGAUUACUCUUUGGGUACUAUUUCGACUGGGGUGUUGAGGGUAUUUGGAGUGGAAUGCUGAUAGGAACAUGCAUUCAAACUAUUGUUCUAAUCACCAUGGUUUAUAGGACCAACUGGAACAAAGAGGCUGAUAUAGCAGAAGAAAGGAUAAAGAGGUGGGGAGGCCAAUCAGACAAUCCCAAUGACAAGGAGAGCAAUGUUGCAACGACAUAGAAACAACUUCGUCUUUGGGGAAUUGGAGUAGACUACUUACGAACUUAUGAGGAAGAUAGUUGUCAGAUCCAAAAUAUAUAUAUCUGGCGCGAAUUGCAAUUUUUGUUUUCCAAUAUUAGGCGGCCAAUCUUUUACAACGAUAUGAAGAUACAGAGUCAGAGACCAUUGGCCUUGACCGAUGAUUUGAAAUCACUGUAUCAGUUAUCAAUUCUACUAGACAUAGAAACCAUUGUUACCGCCAGGUUAAUCAAUCAUCUUUUUAGUUUAUGCUCAUUAUCGAAUUUAAUAUUCACAAAAUGUG